CACUAUUAAAGUCACUUUGAUCUUAUACCUCGUCAUGGCUUUGGGGUUCAUCUUGGAGGCCAUCUCCUUCUUCUUGUUCCAAUUGUAUUCCAAAUCAUUUGCUGAGCUGAUAACAGCCCUUCCAGGACAACCUGCCAAUGUUUCUUUCAAGCAGUACUCUGGUUACAUUGCGACAGAUGAUCAACAUGGUCGAGCCCUGUUCUAUUACUUUGUUGAAGCUGAAACAGCCCACCCACUUUCGCGUCCCUUAACUCUGUGGCUCAAUGGAGGCCCUGGUUGUUCUUCACUUGGUUUUGGUGCAUUCAUGGAAAAUGGCCCUUUCCAACCAGGAGAGAAUGGGAUUCUUGUCAAGAACAAACAUUCAUGGAAUAUAGAAUCAAACAUGUUGUAUGUGGAGUCACCAAUUGGGGUUGGAUUUUCAUACUCAAAUACAAGCUCAAAUUACUUUUGGAAUGAUACCAGGACAGCUGAAGACAAUUUGAGGUUUAUUGUUAACUGGUUCGAAGAAUUCCCAUACUACAAAGACUCAGAAUUGUUUCUAACUGGUGAAAGUUAUGCAGGUCACUACAUUCCACAGCUUGCAGCCUUGUUAGUAGAGUACAACAAGAGGCCUAACAUCAGACCCAUAAAGCUCAAAGCCAUUGCUCUUGGGAAUCCACUCCUAGACUUGGACAUUAGUGUGCUUGCUGGUGAUUACUUAUGGUCACAUGGUGCCAUAUCAGAUGACACAUUACUGUUGGAGAAGACGGUCUGUAAUGACUCCAAGUAUCUAAGGGAGUACUAUCAUGGUCAAUUGUCUAAGGAAUGCAAAGAUGUGUUCAACAGAGUGUUAGACGAAAUAAGCGGUGAUGUUGAGAAGGGCGACCUCCUCAUGCCUAAAUGCUUGUCAUCAAAUUCUGCUCAGCAAUUUAGACUGAAAGGCCUGCAAGGGAAGAUCUACGCAGAGAUUGAUAGGAGGACCAGAGGAACAAUACCUGAUCCAUGCCUUCCUGAUAGGAUACUUACCUAUCUAAACAACCCUCAAGUUCAAAAAGCACUCCAUGCCAAUACAACUCACCUUCCAUACUAUUGGGACUUCUGUUCAGGGCCUCUGGUGUAUCAAGUAGAUAAUUUGGACAUGGACCUUCUACCCCUCAUUGCAUACCUACUUGAACAGGACAUUCGCAUAUUACUUUACAGUGGUGACCAGGAUGCAAAAGUCCCUCUCACUCAAACCAGGUUAAUCACGAAUAAUCUGGCUAAGGACCUGAAGCUAGUCCCUUUCACAAAAUAUGGCACUUGGUAUGAUAAGGAGCAGGUUGGAGGAUGGUCACAAUCAUUUGGUAGACUAAGAGAAGGGAUGAAUUUGACAUUGCUUACGUUCGCAACUGUUCGAGGAGCAGCUCAUGAGGUCCCCUUCACAUCCCCUUCCCAAGCACUCACUUUGUUCAAGUCAUUCCUCAGUGGCUCCCCACCUCCUAGGCUCCAUGAAUGAUUUCUAGCUACUUGUUCUAAUUCAUCCUUCAUAGGACAAGGACCUCCUACACUUUGAAAAAAGGUCAUGUAUGACAAAAUGAUCAAUUCAUUCCAAUGUCACUUAAGACCUGUACUGUAAUAGAUUUUCAAGCUCCUUGAAUAAUUAAGCUUCCCUUUCGGCAUUUUGUUGAA